AUGGUCUUUAAUCUACUAUCUGACGCUCCCCCCGUGUCCAAUUGUCUGGAUGGUUCCGCCAUUGAGAAGCUCCGCGCGGGGGGAGCUUCCGCCUCGCAUCCCCCGUGGUUCCGCACAUGCCCUCCGCAAAACCCUUCCGCCGCUGGCGCAAGCUCCGCCGCCGCCGCCGCCGCUGGGGCUGCUGGGGGAAGCGGGAAGCUAGAGUCAUGCGUGGUGCCACCUUACCCCGGCCACGUCAUCAUGCUCCGUGACGUGUACGUCGAUCUACACGGCCACGUGUUCAACGGCACGCACCGCUUCGUCUUCGGCGGGGGUCCACGUGGAUCCGACGUGUCCGGAAAACCAGGAGAGGGCGUCACGAGCGAGUUUUCUUAUCCAAAGGGGACCACAGCGGUGUCCCAUCGCACCAUGAGCCAUCAGCUCUUUGGCUUCGACCUGGCCUCUGAUGUCCCCUUUGUUCACUGCACCUUGCGUUCUCCCCUCCCCCCCACUCCCCCCUCCCAUCGCACCAUGAGCCAUCAGCUCUUUGGCUUCGACCUGGCCUCUGAUGUCCCCUUUCUCUUUGGAUUCGACCUGGCCUCGCGAGCACUGCACGCACCCCCAAAGUUCGGCCAAGGGGGAGGGGACGGGGCGAGGGAGGCACACCCCCUCUUCGUGCACUUGCUCUUUGUCUUUGAGCACGGAGGGGGAGGGGAGGGGGAGACGGGGCAAGGGAGACACACCCCCUCUUUGUGUCCGCUUCAACCAACCUCCCCUUGUUCCCCAUCUUCCCCCCCUUUUCCCCCUCUCUCCCCCCAACGCACCCGCCACUUCCUCCCCCCCAACGGCCUUCCGCCCUUCAUUCUAUCCUUUCUGUCAUUGUGUAUCUGCUCUUGUCUCACUUUCACACCCUCCUCCCCCCUUCUCCCCUCCCCCCCAAUUCAUCUCCCCUCCCCCCCUCACCCACACCCCCCCUCCCCCCCAGGUAGCCCUCAUACCUCUCUGCCCCUCCCCUUCCCCCUCCCUCCUCCGCCUCCCCCGCGCCCGCCCCUUCCUCCCCCUCUCGUUUCUUCCCUCCUUCCUCCCGGCCUCCCUCCCCCUCGCUCCCCUCUUUCUUCCCCUCUUUAUGUAUUUCUUCUCUUUCCUCUGCGUAACACCUUAUUCCCCUCUUCCUCUGCGCUCCCCUCUUUCCCCCUCUCCCCCCACACCACCCCACCCCCCGUUCCCCCAGGCAGCCCUCGUUCCUCUCCUGCGCCUCCCCCUCCCCCUCUCUCCUCCGCCUGGCCCGCGCCCGCCACUUCCCCCCCCAGGCGGCCUCCCCUCCUUCCUUCCGGCCUCCCCUCCUGCCCCCCCCUCCUUCCUACCCUCCUCCUCCGCUCUCUGACAAUUGAUUCCCAUGGGAACACUCGCUUUUGUGCGCCUUUCCUUCCACUCUUGGCUCACCUUCCUUCCUCCCCCUCCCUCUUUCCCCCCAACCCCCCCUUCCCCCCCUCCCCCACACCCCCCCCUCCCCCCAGGCAGCCCUCGUUCCUCUCCUGCGCCUCCCCCUCCCCCUCUCUCCUCCGCCUGGCCCGCGCCCGCCACUUCCUCCCCCCAGACGGCCUCCCCUCCUUCCUCCCCUCCUUCAAACCCCACUCCCCCCCGCCCCUCUUUCUUUCCGCGGAUGGGCUCUCAUCAGGGGGGGAGUGGCUGGUGGUGGUGGUGCGGACGGGGUUAGGGGGAGCGGGGGAGAGUGGGGGGGGAGGAGGGGGAGUGGGGGGGGUGGUGGAGGAGGAGGAGGAGAUUGAGAGGGUGGUGGUGGAGAGGUUUGGGGCGGAGAGAGUGGAGAGUUAUCAAGGUCACAUGGGCAUGGACGACGUCAAGAAGCUGUUUAACAGAGCUCGGCUGCUCAUCGGCCCCUCCAGCCUCGCGCUCUCCUCCCUUCUUAUAUACCCCUGUCUUCUCUCCCAUUUUCUUCCUCUCUCCCCUCCCUCUCCCCCCAAAACACCAGUCAAGAAGCUGUUCAACCGAGCUCGCCUUCUCAUCGGCCCCUCCAGCCUCGCACUCUCCUCCCUCCUCUUCCUGCCCUUCAAUGCUGCUCUUCUCGAGCUGCUCCCGCCUCCUGCUCUCAACACCUCAGCCCCUGCUGGACCAGGUUUGGCUCUAGGCCCUGAAGGGUUUGGCACGCUGGCAGCAGCAGUAGGGAUCGUCCGAUAUGCCGUGCCCUGUGGUCCUCACAUUGCCACUCACUCGCUCCUUCUUUCCAUCCCCGCUCCUUCCAUUUGUUCGAUCACACCAGGCUCGGUUUUAGACCCUGAAGGGUUUGGCACGCUGGCAGCAGCAGCAGGGAUCGUCCGAUAUGCCGUGCCUUGUGAUCCGUCCCUGAAGGGCCCGGCUGGUGGUGCUGCAGCAGGGGCAGCGGCUGAGUCAGCAGGAGCGGCAGCAGCAGCGGGAGCAACCGGAUCAGCGGGAACAGCUGGAUUGGGCAGCAGUAUGUCGUGCAGGCUUCAACUGGUGGAGGGGGCACUUGAUGAGAUCAUGAGCGCACACUUCAGCGAUGUCAAGCGGUCGGGAGCGGUGGAAGGCGGUGCAGGAGGAGGAACGGGAGGAGCUGCUGCUGCGUCUUCUUCUGCCUCCUCUGCAACCCCAUCCCUUGUCCCAUCCCCACCACCACCAUCACCAGCAGCAGCAGCAUCACCACCACCAUCAACACAACCACCACCAUCAGCAGCAGCAGCAGCAGCAGCAGCAGCACCACCACCACCACCACCUGCUGCGGUGGUAACCCAUCCCACCCGCAGCUCCCCAGGUUCAGAGAAAGACGAAGGGCCGCAACCGUCCCCUUGGUACGAGCUGAACGAGCAGCAGUGGGACGAGCACAGGGAGAAGAUUGCAGCAGCUGAGGGGGGCGCAGGGGCGUUUGUGACGCGGCUGUUUAAUCUCACAGUGCCGCCCGAAAAGGACGAGACAGAGGACGGGGCGGGAGGAGGGGAAGGAGGAGCAGGAGGGGGUGUGAGUGAGGAGGGGGGUGGGAACCAGACAGCAGCGGGAAAGUCCCGCGCUGCCCCUCUGUUUCCAGAUUACUCGGAUCAUAUCCCAGGCACGCGCCUGCACACCAAGCGGCAGGUGCUUAUUUUCAACAAGUGGAUGGAGUGUGUUCUAAGAGAGGGAAGGUGGGUGUUUAACGCCACGCCCCGCACUCUACCCUGGGAAUACACGGGUUUUAUGAACAUGUGCGAUCACAAGCAGGUGGAGAAGCGCAAGGGGAAAGCGACGUGGGGAGCUGAUGAGAUGGUGCUGAAAGGGACGAGUCCGGAUAAGUGGACGGUAAGAGAAACACUUAAGUACGAGUAUCUGGUUCCGGAGGAUAAGUGUGGGGCUGCGGCGCUUAAGAAAGUGGUAGAUGCAGAGUUAGGCCCGGAAGCUGCUUCUACUGGUGCUGCUGGGGCAGCUGGGGCAGAAGAUACCAACGCAGAGGUUCCUGUGUGGAAGAAAUUCGACGGGCUGGAUUUUUGCAAGCGGGCAGCUGGGGCAGCUGAAACCAGGCGCGACAGGCUCUGGAGCAAUGGCUCUUCUGCCCCAGCCGCAAGAGACAGAUGGAUGGAUGAUCCCCGGAGAAUGCACAAGGGAUUCACAGUCUACAUAGUAGGAGACUCCCUCCAAAACCUGUUCGCUGCCACGUUUCUCAACCAUAUGCUGUGGCACGUGAAGAAGAGUGCGGCGUGGGCUUUAAACCGCACCAUCUGCUAUCAGUGGGUGGAGCACAAGCCGCACGUGCACUGCCAUAUGAACUUCUUCAACACCUCGCAGGACGUUUGCCCUGGGGCUUUUGCUGGUGAUGCUGGUAGUGGUGGUGGUGGUGGUACUGGUGUCGCUGCUGCUGGUGCUGCAGGUGCUGCUGCUGCUGAUCCUGCUGCUGCUGCAGCAGGGGGUAUCGGCACGAACGGCAGCAGCAGCAGCGACGCGGGUGCGUUCGCCAUGCAUUUCACCUCCAACCGCUGGCUCACAGUGGGAGACACAUUCGUUGCCAAAGAAAGCGUUCCCUGGUCCCAGCACGGCGCAUUAGUCGACUCUGACGUGCUCCUAGUCAAUAGAGGAGCCCAUUUUACUGAUGAUGAGGCUUACGUGAGGGACGUGCGGCGGGCGCUGCGUUUCGUCCGGAGGAAUUUUCCGGAUAAGCUGAUUAUCUACAGGAACACUCCUCCGGGGCAUUUUAAUUGUACGGAGAAUCUGGGGCCGUUGGCGGAACGGCAACCCAAGGAGAUUUUGCCGUUUAAUUGGGGUGGGUUUAUGCGGCAAAAUGAGCUGGCGAGAAAGUUGGUGGAGGAGGUGGGAGGGAUUUAUAUGGAUGUGGAGGGUGUGAUGGCUUUAAGGCCGGAUGGGCAUACCAGCUGGUUUGAAGAAACGCCUCGGGAUUGCCUGCAUUACUGUACACCGGGGCCCAUGGAUUUUUACGCGCAGUUUGUUUACAACAUAUUGCUGCACACUGUUUUGUAA